AUGCAGUGCCAUCUUGAAAAACAAGCUGCCUUCAAAAAUCAAGGACCUAGAAGCUUCUCUAUACCUUGUCUUAUUGGCAACAUGAACAUAGACAAAGCUCUUUGCGAUCUUAGUUUAAGUGUAAGUUUGAUGCUCCUGUCAAUAUGCCAAAAGCUGAAUGUUGAAGAGCUUAGACCAAUAAUAAUUUCCUUCCAAUUGGUGGACAGAUCUGUUAAGUAUCCAUUUGACAUCUUGGAGAACAUCCCCAUCAAAGUAGGCAAGUUUUUUAUUUUUGUUGACUUUGUUGUCUUGGAGAUAGAAGAAGAUGUUCAAAUUCCCAAUAUAUUGGGAAAGCCUAUCUUAGCAACCGUCAAAGCUAUCAUAGAUAUUAAAAAUGGGUGGUUAACUCUCAAAGUAGGAGAGGAGGAAGUAGAGUUCAACCUGUUUAGAGUAAUGAAACACAAGCCAGAUCCUAACAAAUGCCUAAGGAUUGACAUUAUAGAUAAGCUAGUUAAAGAGGAAUUCCAUAAGAGAUAUCUUAAAGAUCCUCUUGAAGCAUGCAUAGUACAUAGUAACAUAGUAGAUGAUGAUAACAAAGAAAUUACAGCUUAUGCAUAG